AUGAAUACGGAAGAGGUUUCUGGUCAGAUUCAAAACGAUGCCAAUCAGUCCAAUGAAACUGUCAUUGAUGAUCCGUCGUUGUUCGAUGGAAAUAGUGACGUAUCCAUACCUAUAAGGAAAGUUUCAGGAGACACACGCAGAAAUUUUCGCCGUAGUCUCUAUGGUUUACCAUUUCGAACACAGUCGAUCGCUAUACCUACAACAGAACCUUCUCGGUCAUUGUUAUUCUAUCAACUCUAUGCUCUGAAUCUUGUUCGAAAUGAAUCAACCUGUACCAAUCGUACGGCAAUAUCGUCAAGCCAAGCGAAUGUUUCAUUCUCAGUUCGUCCGACCUACACACCCUCAACUUCGAUAGAUGACCAAACAAAACAAACCUGUUUCUAUCGAUAUCGAUAUCGAUAUUUAUUUCUCUUUAUUUUUAUUCUUAUUCUCUUUCUCAUCGCAAUUCUUCUUCUACUUCUGACUACGAAUCUCGGCAUUCGUCUAUCAUCAUGCUUUUGUCCCAAUGGUUACGAACGGAAUCUACUGACAUCGUCAUGUACAUGUAUCGAUCGAAACGAAUGUCUCAAUGGUGCUGGAUUUCAUACUUGUACCGGUCUUAACAUGCAAUGUAUAAACACAGUUGGUAGUUAUAUAUGUCGAUGUCGAUUCGGUUUUACUCGACAACCUGAUCAAGACUCGUGUGUUGAUAUAGAUGAGUGUAGUAUCUAUCAUCCAUGUAAUACGAAUACUAGUACAUGUAUCAACCUACCAGGACGAUACUAUUGUCAAUGUUUACACAAUCAUGGAAACAAUAAAGAAUGCAUACCACGAAAUAUAUGUGCUGAGCAAAAUGAUCUUUGUGGACCACAUAGUGAAUGUGUUGUCUCGGCAUCGCAUGGAUACAAUUGUCAGUGUUUGCCAGGUCACAUCAUGUAUGAAAAUGGGCAAUGUGCAAAAAUUAAUGAGUGUGAAUUAAUACCAUCGAUAUGCGAGCGGGGUCGCUCAUGCAUACUAACAAAAGAUCGCUUUGAUUGCUGUACAUCGAAUAUUACCAAGAGCGAUACUGGUGAGUGCACAGAAUGCGGUUUACCAGUCAAUCGACGCCAAGCACGUAUAGUCAAUGGCGAUCAAUCUUAUCGUGGACAAUGGCCGUGGAUGGCUGUUGUGGGCGUGUACUUUCGUGAUGAUGCUAAUCAUUGGAUAAAUAUUACACAAAAAUGUGCUGCGACCUUAAUUGCCAAUCGUUACUUAUUGACUGCUGCGCAUUGUCUUAGUAAUCAACUGCCGACAUUUGAUACCAUGCGUUUACCCAAUCGUUAUCAAUCAGCAUUGAAAGAUACAUAUCGUGUAUCAUUUGAUGUGAUCAAUGUGGAAAAUGAUAUUGUUCAUGGUGAUAACAAAAACACAAGACAACCGAGAACAUUCACACUUGAACACGCAUGUAUUCAUCCCGGUUUUAAUCACAAUACACUUUUACAUGAUAUAGCCAUAUUAAAAUUAAAACAGCCAGUUAUACGAAGCUCAUUGGUAGAUACAAUUUGUUUGCCAGAGAACGAACAAACUAUUGAGAAUGGUACUCGAGUUUGGGUUGCUGGAUGGGGUUCGAAUGCUGAAUACAGUUCAAGUUUGAACACUCUCAUGCAUGCAGAUUUGCAAAUACUGCCAACUUCGCUCUGCCUAUCGAUUGAGUCUACUGAACAUCAACUGUGUGCGGGUUGGUCUGAUGGGAAAAAAGAUGCUUGUCGCGGCGAUUCAGGUGGGCCAUUGAUGUUGUACAAAAACAAUCGAUGGUAUAUUGUUGGUAUUGUAUCCUUUGGUGAUGGCUGUAGUCGAGCAAAUAGUGGCGGCAUUUAUACACGUGUGUCAGCUUAUCAUCAAUGGAUUCUUCAAACAAUGUCCUCAUCGUCAUCAGUACCGUUAAACUGUAGUUCCGCAUAUGAUUAUACACAAAUUGUCACUGGUCUGCCGACAUGA